AUGUCAUCGAGCGACCAGGUAGUGGUUUUCAACGAUUCUGAGAAUGCAUCACAAGGACGUGAGACGCAGACAUCACGAUUGGCGAUGAGUAGCAUUUCUGUGGAUGAAAGCCGAGAGGCCAUGGUGGAGACCCCAGUUUCCUGCUCCAAACCUCCUCGACUGCAUUACUUGGACAAAUUGCGAACAUUUUUAACGCUUCUUGUGGUCGUGCAUCAUUGUUUUUGGGUAGUUCAAGCAGGCUGGGUGCCCUUCCAAAGGCCAUGGCAGACUGAUAAUGCAACGACAGUGAUCCAGUACAUGAUCCUGGCGGGAAACCAGGCGUUCUUCAUGGGUCUCUUUUUCUUUUUGGCUGGCCUCGUCACUAUUCCGUCUCUGAAGCGCAAGGGUGCGAAGGUGUUUCUGAAAGACAGAUUUUAUCGAUUGAUGGUUCCCGCUAUCCUUUAUGACUUGAUCGGUUUCCCUUUCCUCUGGGUUGUCGUUGAAGCUGCAUGGAAUAGUCCUAUGAAGGGCUCAAUCUUUUCUUUCGGUAAGGUGUGGACCGACUACUUCAUGUUCUAUAAAGACCGCGUGUUUGUUGUCAAUCAUAUGUGGUUCACAGUGACUUUGUUUGCCUUCAAUUUGACAUUGGUGUGUGUACCCGAGAAGUAUAUUUUUGUUGAACACUCCAUCGAAUCGAUGUCAAAAAAGGAAAUCAUGAUUGUACUGAUGAAGAUGUCUUUGGUACUGUUCGUUCUCAACUGUGUGCCCCGUUUUUUAUUGCCUGACGGUUACAUAUGGAUUCCUGUGUACGGAAAUCUUGGAUUCCUCAUGCAAUACAGUUCCGCCUUUGUUGCUGGCAUUCUUGCGAACUCUUACCAAUUCUUAGAUCACAUUCACAUGGAACAUUUGUCCCUCACACUCACAUGCAGCACAGUCUUCUACUUUUUAUUUCAGAUUUUUCAAGUGUACUUAUUUGAGGUCAUCCGUGGAACAAUGGGUUUCUAUCCUCAAACGCUCUUCUUGACCCUCUUUGAGCAAUCUUUUGCUGUAUUUUGGGCAUACUCGCUGUUGGUACUUUUUAAAGAAUAUCAGAAUGGAAAUCCAACUCAGAUCCAGAGUCAAAUCAUCGGCUCCGCUUAUGCAACAUACAUCAUUCAUCAGUGGAUCAUCGUACCAUUGGCAAUUGCUUUUGCUUACACAAAUUUGUACCCGUUAGUUGUUAGCCUGAUCUUGUCUCUAGUGUCGCCGUUUCUGGCUUGGGGAGUCGGAAUCGCGCUCAAAGCCAUUCCUGGAUCAUCGAUUAUUCUCUAA